GCAAUGUGGCAUUUCACUGGCCAGGGCUCCCUGUCACCUAACACUUGUCCCCAUCGGGUUUGUCUGCAGCCACAGCAUGAAUGGGCUCGAGGCCACCUCCUCCUCCCCCAGUCUGCCUGCCAACGCAUCUUUGGCCAUUCUGGGGGAGUGCGGGCAGGAGACGCCGCUGGAGAACAUGCUGUUCGCCUGCUUCUACCUCCUGGACAUCCUCUUGGCUUUCGCGGGGAAUGCCCUGGCCCUGUGGCUGUUCAUCCGGGAUCACAAGUCGGGCACCCCAGCUAACGUGUUCCUGAUGCACCUGGCUGUGGCCGACCUGUCCUGCGUGCUGGUGCUGCCCAUGCGCCUGGUCUACCACUUUUCCGGCAGCCACUGGUCCUUCGGCGAGAUCCCGUGCCGGCUCACCGGCUUCUUCUUCUACCUCAACAUGUACGCCAGCAUCUACUUCCUCACCUGCAUCAGCGUCGAUCGCUUCCUGGCCAUCGUGCACCCAGUCAAGUCCCUCAAGCUGCGCCGGCCGCUCUAUGCCCACCUGGCCUGCGCCUUCCUCUGGGUGGUGGUGGCCGUGGCCAUGGCCCCGCUGCUGGUGAGCCCGCAGACCGUGCAGACCAACGGCACAGUCGUCUGCCUACAGCUGUACAGGGAGAAGGCCUCGCACAAUGCGCUUGCUUCGCUGGCCGUGGCCUUCACCUUCCCCUUCGUCACCACAGUCACCUGCUACCUGUUGAUCAUCCGCAGCCUGCGUCAGGGCCCCCGCGUGGAGAAGCGGCUCAAAAACAAGGCGGUGCGCAUGAUCGCGAUGGUGCUGGCCAUCUUCCUGGUCUGCUUCGUGCCCUACCACGUGCACCGCUCCAUCUACGUCCUGCAAUACCGCCGCGGCCACACUACCUGCACCGCCCAGCGCGCCCUGGCCCUGGGCAAUCGCAUCACUUCCUGCCUCACCAGCCUCAACGGGGCCCUGGACCCCGUUAUGUACUUCUUCGUGGCUGAGAAGUUCCGCCAUACUCUGUACAGCCUGCUGUGCGGCAAGAAGCCCGGCGGCCCGACUCCGAGCUUGGAGGGAAAGACCAACGAGAGCUCGCUGAGCGCCAGGUCGGAGCUGUGAGCCGGGGCGGGUGCGGCGCGGGAGGUGGUGGGGGACGGCUGCUGCGGGACAGUCGCCUUCUCCCAGCCCUGUCCGCUGCCCCAGGCCCGCGCUCAGCAUUCAGUGAUGUCAUCGGCAGGAAAGGGGAGGGGAGCAGGGGGGCGGCCGGAGGAACACUCCUUGGACAAUGCGGGUCUUUCUUCCCCGGGGUUACCCCUCACCCCAGCCCACCAUCUCCUUCCCACGACAGACAGAAUCCUACAGAAAGUGAAAAGCGCCACAGGCAAAAAGACGGGCCUGGGGAUCUUGUGAGGGAGGGGCAGGUGGGGUUGUUUAAAUAUUGCCUUGAAAGCAGAGCAAGGUAUCCUGUGUUCCUUAUGCGCUGCCUUCUUGCCAGAUGACCCCUGACUGAGUCAGGGACUCAACCUUUCGGGCUGGCCCGCUGAGCUC